CUACUCCCUCUGCUGGCUGUCCGAAAUGCCAUCAAUAAUGUUGAAGAAGGUGAGGCUGCCGGCGGCCUACAGCACAUGGCAAUGCUGUCUCUGUACUUCAUGCCCCAACUCCCCACGCAAGCGGCUGAAGCAAGAGCCGCGUUUCACCCCACAGGCCAAGACUUAUGCGAACGUCGGAUCAGACCGAGGAUACGAGUUUCGAGACAACAUGAAUUGGCCCUGUCGGCGGAGCUCGCCUUUUACGCCUUCACCCUACGAGAUCUUUGGCCUGGACAAGCACGCAGUCUACACGAAACACAAGUUCUACGAGUUGGUCAAGAUUUACCACCCCGACAGGAAUAGCCACUGCUCCUUCAUUGGGGAACUGAGCGAUCUUGAAAGGUUGGAGAGAUACAGAUUGGUCGUGCAGGCGCAUGAGAUUCUCUCCGAUCCGGUGAAGCGAAGGGCAUACGAUGCAUCCGGCGCAGGAUGGGGUGCUACAAGGGCCGCCACCAGACACUCACAUGGAUUUACUAAUCCUGAAGGGAAACGGUAUGGCUUCGGUCCCGAUGACGACUCAUCGAUAUUUCAAAAUGCCACUUGGGAAGAUUGGGAACGAUGGUAUCGACGAUACGAGAAGCCCAAAGACCCUCCCGCGACCUACCUCCACCCCAAUGCCUUCGCGUCCAUCGUCAUCCUCCUUGCGGUGAUUGCUGGAGUUUUACAGGCCACAAGAGCGGGACAAUUCACGGGAUCUAUAGAAGAGCGGGCACAAGCCUUUACCGAGGAAACAAAUCGAUUCCUUGCAUCAAGGAAGGAUCACUUUGAAGAAAAUGACAUCAAGGGAACGGGCCGCGUCAAGCACUUUCUGGAGAAGCGCGAUCCCGCCAAAUAUGGGUUGAAGCAAGAAGAAGAGGAGGUCUAUCGGACGCAUUUUGCCAAUCCGAUCUUGCAGCCGAUGCCCAAUUUGAAGGACUCGGAGAAGCAAGGUCAGACAUUGUGAGUUGAUUGGCACUCGAGUACUGUACAUAACUUUUUGCCGCUCCUCUCGAAGUCAUGCUCUCAUUGACGAUGAUUAUUGAUACAUUGGAAACGCCAGCUUUAUCCCCAGCAGCAUGAAUGAAUCGGAUGUGAUGAUUCUAGUUCCACCCUUGAAACAUUUCCA